GUUCCCAUGUCGUUAAACUGGGCUUUUGGUCAGGCCAAAACCGAUCUUUGAUUUUUAAGGUGCAAUCCUACAGGAACACACGAUCAAUAAUUGAGCCAGUUGUGCCCUGCGGAGACCAAUUUGAGAACACACUGAACCUCAGCUUAUAAAAUAGCAGCUCCAAGUGGUGCCACAUGCUGCUGAUUCUGACAUGACACUGUGUCUUUGCAUGGCAGGAUGAUGAAGCACCCUAAAAUUAGCCGCCUUACUAUUUCGUAAAGAGCAGACAGAAAGGUAGCAGCCUGCACUGAGGAGAACAAAGAGGCACAGGAGAAGACCAGAACUGAGGCUCACACACAGGCUGGUCACAACACUUCAUGCAUGCAAGACGACAGUUUAGAAUCCUCAACUUCAAUAUCUCAACUUCUGAGAGAAAGUUAUUUAGCUGAAACUAAACAUCAAGGGAAGAGUGAAAGAAGCAGAUCGGAACCAGCUUCUCAUAAUUUCCAUUAUGGCAAUGCUUUGGGUGAUUCAGAUGAGGUAGCUGCCCAAGAUGACCUUCCAGAUCUCUCUGCCUUUUUGAGCCAAGAAGAGCUAGAUGAAAGUGUAAACCUGGCAAGACAAGCUAUUGAUCAGAAUCCAUUGGAAACUAAACAGGAUGAGCUUCAGGCACAUUCACAGCAUCUCCCAGAUCAGCUGAAAAACACAGAAAAACACAAACAAAUGGCCCAGUCUACAGCUUUGAAUACAUCAGACAAUGGCCUGCACUCAAACUUUUGUCAGGACCAUGUCGGAAAUACAAAGGGCUCCAAAGGGAGCUCUCAAGAUCUAAAGAAACACCACCUCCCUUCUGAAUCAGAAUCAAAAAAGGAAUUCCUAAACAAGGCGGCAGAUUUUAUUGAGGAGCUCUCAUCACUUUUCAAAGCUCACAACUCUGAAAGAAUAAGACCCCGAACAUGCAAAAACUACAGGAGCAAAAUCGAUUCUAAGAAUAAGCCUGCUCAAAAAGGUAGCUCUAGCCUAUCUAGCACAUCAGAAAGCAGAGAAAGGCUUUCCAUUCCAGUACCUCAAAACUUGGAAAACAAAGCAGAGAAAACAUUUGAACAAACAGAUCAUCAACAGGCGGCAAACUUGGAAUCUAUCAAUCAAUUAACAAGUGCAGAGCUAAAAACAGAGUCAGAAUCAGCAUCUGUAUAUUCUGAUGAGCCUAUUGGACAACCACCAUGCUUUACUCAAAAACUGAAGAGCAGGGAAGUUCCGGAAGGAACCAAAGUGCAAUUGGACUGCAUUGUGGUAGGAAUCCCAACACCUGAAGUCAGGUGGUACUGUGAAGGGAAGGAGCUUGAGAACUCACCAGACAUUCAAAUUACCCAGACAGGUGAUCAACACUCAUUGGUUAUUGUUGAAGCUUUUGAGGAGGAUACAGGACGUUACUCGUGCUUUGCUUCAAACAUCUAUGGAACAGACUCCACUUCUGCAGAGAUUUACAUAGAAGGAGUCUCUUCUUCUGACUCUGAAGGCGAAAUCAUCAAAGACGAAAUGGAUCACAAACCAAAGCCAGCUGACACCUCCUUGAAUGCAGCAUCUCCUGCUGUUAGAACUGCAACCAAGCAUCAAGAAACCUCCAAGGCACCAUCUGCCAUGGUACAGCCUGUGUCUGUACCUGUCCAGCCUGUGUCAACACCAGUUAAUCAGGCUCAAAGCCCCACUAACUAUUUGCAAGGACUGGAUGGAAGACCUAUAAUUGCUGCUCCUGUAUUUACAAAGAUGUUACAGGAUAUUUCAGCUUCUGAGGGGCAGCUUGUUGUCUUUGAAUGUCGGGUGAAAGGAGCUCCUUCCCCAAGGGUUGAAUGGUAUAGAGAAGGAACACUGAUAGAAGAUUCUCCAGAUUUUAGGAUAUUACAGAAAAAACCACGAUCUAUGGCUGAACCAGAGGAAAUUUGUACUCUCGUUAUUGCUGAAGUAUUUUCAGAAGAUUCUGGUAGUUUCACCUGUACUGCAAGCAAUAAAUACGGCACAGUAUCUAGUAUAGCUCAUCUAACUGUCAAAGCAUCUGAAGACACUAGUAAUGCUGCUACCCUUCACCCAAUGAGCUCAAUCAACUUAAUUGCUGCUGAACAUCAACCUCCCCCAUGUACUCCUUCCUCUCGUGUAGUAAAUCAAACCCCCAAACCUAAACUUGAAGGUGUUCUUGUGAACCACAAUGAACCCAGAUCGAGUUCCAAGAUAGGUCUCCGUGUGCACUUCAAGCUGCCUGAAGAUGAUAAAGGAAGUGAAUCAUCAUCAGAGGAUGGACCUGGUGCUACAAACCAAACCAGACCCAACUAUUUCCAAGAGAGGAUAAAUGGACAGCCAAUGAAAAUACCAGAGCCGACAUCGCCAUCCAAGGAACCCCCCCCAGUAUUGGCUAAACCAAAGCUUGAUCAGACCCAGUUAAAACAGCUCCACAACCAGGUCUUGCUUGAACAACAGCAGGUGCAUCAGAUAUCUACAAGAGAACUGUCAUUCAACACAGCUUUACUGAAUUCUGCUACUUCACUCCAUCAACAGUCCACCUCAACUACGUACAAACAAAGCAAAGCUUCUGCUUCGCAAGCGUUCAGCUAUACCCGACCUAAGCAGUUCCUACCAUCACAAACCACACCGCCUACCAGCUCCAGUUCUAGCUCCUCAGUUACAACAUUCAGCAACAUCCCUCAAGGAACUCAAAGAACAAAUAACAAGGAAAAUUUCACAGGAAAUCCUCCACCUGCCCAAUCAAGGUCUUCAGGAGGGUUUACAAGCAAAAGUGAACAGUCUCUACCAAGCCCUAAAGAAUCCAUGGUGCUUCCAUUAACACUUUCUACAUCUAGUGCAAAACAGGUUCAGCCACAGAGUGUGACUCCUGCUCCUAUCUCCCCAACUGGCCGGAUUCAGAAUCCAGUAGCUUUCCUUAGCGCUGUUCUGCCUUCACUUCCUACUGUGCCGUCAACCAAUGCUAUGGGACUGCCCAGAAGUUCACCAGCCACCCCGACCCAGGGAUUAACAAAGAAAAAUCUGAAGCCUCUGCCAUUAGCAACAGAUGAUUCUAUUCGGGAAAAUAAAGCUGCACUUGUAAAGGACCUGGAAAGAAAACUCCAUUUCAGAGAGGAUGUUAAUCAACAAAGUAGUCAGCAGGAGUACAGGAUUUCAAGCUUUGAGCAGAGGCUGAUGAACGAAAUAGAAUUUCGCCUUGAACGUACCCCGGUGGAUGAAUCAGACGAUGAAGUCCAACACGAGGAAAUUCCUACAGGCAAAUACAUAGCACCGAUCUUUGAUAAGAGACUCAAGCAUUUUCGGGUAAUGGAAGGAUCUCCUAUUACAUUCACUUGCAAAAUAGUUGGAAUACCUAUUCCCAAGGUAUACUGGUUCAAGGAUGGCAAGCAGAUUUCAAAGAAAAACACACAUUUCAAAAUGAACAGAGAAGAAGAUGGAACAUGUUCUUUACAUAUUGAAGCUUCUACUAAUGAUGAUGAUGGCAACUAUACGAUUAUGGCUGCAAACCCACAAGGGAGAAUCAGUUGUUCAGGCCACCUGAUGGUUCAGAGUAUCCCUGUUCGGGGCCGAAUAUCAACAAUUCAGCCUCACAGAACACGACCUCGGGUGCCAGAAGGAGACAAAGAGGCAGUUCAAGAACGCUUUUUCAGGCCAUACUUUCUACAGGCUCCAGGUGACAUGGUAGCACACGAAGGGCGACUUUGUAGGUUGGAUUGUAAGGUGAGUGGGUUACCAACUCCAGACCUGACGUGGCUUCUAAAUGGCAAACCUGUGCUACCAGAUGGCACCCACAAGAUGCUGGUCAGAGAGACUGGAGUUCACUCUCUGCUUAUUGAUCCUCUCUCACAAAAUGACGCUGGGACUUAUACUUGCCUUGCCACUAAUAAAACAGGACAAAAUUCAUUUAGUCUGGAGCUCACCGUUGUAGCAAAGGAAGUUAAAAAAGCCCCCAUGUUUUUGGAGAAGCUUCAGAACUGUGGUGUUCCUGAAGGGUACCCGGUCAGAUUAGAGUGCAGAGUUGUGGGAAUGCCACCCCCCAUAUUUUACUGGAAGAAGGAUAAUGAGACCAUCCCAUCAAACAGAGAGAGGAUGAGCAUGCAUCAAGAUGCAACAGGGUAUGUCUGCCUCCUCAUUCAACCUGCCAAGAAAGCAGAUGCUGGCUGGUAUACCUUGUCUGCAAAAAAUGAAGCUGGUAUUGUCUCUUGUACUGCUAGACUUGACAUAUAUGCUCAGUGGCACCAUCAAAUUCCACAACCAAUAAAGCUUCGACCUGGUGGCAGCCGAUAUGCAAACCUUACCAGUCAAGGACUUGAUAUUUUUUCUGCCUUCCCAACUACUGAAAGCCCUAUGCUGUUUUCAUCCCCAACCCAAAAGGUGGUGGAGAGUGAAGAACUUUGAAAAACAAACAAUUGUUCCAGUUACACCUGCAGAGACACUAGAACUGUGGAAAAAAAAAAAAAAGAGGUACAAGUCAAGAUGCUCAAGGUUUACAAGCAACUUGUUUGUGAUUAAGUAUACUGCUGCUGCAAACGUUGCAAGUAACAUAUCAUACAAGACUUUUGCGUAUUAUUUUACUGCAGGAUAAUUGUGGUAUGGAGUGUUGUGCAAUAAAUUCAGUACUGUGUAGUUUGCUAAGAAUUACAUAGUAAACAUAGUUUUCAGCACCUAAAAGCCAAUACCACUUUUACUGCUUGAAUUAAAGCUACUGUACUGUAGCAAGCCAUGUUAAGGAUUGAUGAUGUUUAGCUGGAAUACUGCCAGUGAAAACAUUGACAUUACAAUAACAACAAUCCUGAAUGAGGGUAAACAACAAGACUUUGAAUGUAAUUCUAAAAAACAUGCCAGAUAAUCACAAAGCACAAGUUAAAAGGAAAAGAUGUAACUCAUUUUUAUAUAUUAUUAUGCCAGAUUAUCUUAGAAUUUUUGAACUCAAGACUAGGUAAAUAUAGCGUUUCAUGUAGGUACAGCUGUAUACCCUAUAUAUUUAUAUUUGUGUGUGUGUGUACUCCAUGAACUGUGUAUUCAUGGUGUAAGGAUUCAUAAAAUAAGGUACAGGACACAUGCAUAGGAUGCUAACAUAGGAAACCAAAAUUCCUGUUGUCUGAAGCAUGUUCUCUAGAGCCCAUAGCUGAAACUAUUUUCCAGAUGUGCUUCAUACUUUUUUCUUUACAAUGUUACUGAUUCUCUGCCUUUAAACACAGAUGAUAUCAACCUUGUAACUUCAUGGUUUUUAAAUAUCAGUCUCUUUUUCCUAAUUUUUAACGUGACUAAAAGACAAGUGCCUCUACCAUCUAGUUCAUUUUUUAACUAACGGAAAAGGAAUUAUGAUCUGGUGGAAUUUGCAUUUUCACCAUCAUUUAGGAAAUAAUGACAAGUGUGGUGUCUACUAUAAAGACAGAGAAAAUUAUGUUAAUAUACAAAAGUUAUGAAGUUAAGCAACAGUUAUGUGCAAAGAGCUAAAAAACUUACUGUAACUAAUAGUAGUAAUAAAUAAGGCAAUUUAAUGAAAGUGCAACAGAAGAUGUUAAGUGAAAACUUAAUGAUUGAAUUAAAUAGAUUUAGCGUCUAUACAGUUGUAUUAAUACCUCCCAGCACUUAGAAUCUGUGAAUAUCUAAGAUGAUUUCCUGCAUCUUUAAAUUACUGCUAUCCCUCUUCUUUGGACAUUUUUUCAAGCAGUUCUUAGUGCUUUCAACAUGGCUGGAGAAUGCAUCAAAGUCCUGAUCAAAGUCACAGACAUUAAAAGAAAAAUUAACAGAUACUUUCAUUUUAGACCUUAUUUGGAUUUUUUUCAAAUUUAAAAAUGUCACUUUAAAAAAUUACAUAUGCAAAGAAAACAAUGAGGAGUUAUCUUAAGAGCAAAAGGAUACUGGAUAUAGCCAGCGACUGAGUAAGAGAUAGCCUUUCAUUGGGUUUCCUACAAAUAUAGCUUAUGUUGUCUCUAACUAUUGGUUCCCUAAGGGUUUAGAGGAAGUGAAUUCCUUGUAUUGUUCCACUUCCCACCUGAGUGAAGACCAUAAAACAAAACCAUCAUUAUAACUUUCAUGCUUUGUUAGAAAUCUCAGGCGAUUCACCCCAGACUGAACAGACCAGAAAGGUAAAAUACAUUCUUAUCCUGAGACGCAAAACAAGGUGCAGGUAUUUCAGUGGGAAAGCAGAAAUACCAGUUGUUGCCCACCUUGUACCUCCUCCCUGGCAAACAAAAUAAAACUAAUAGCUAUUAAAAGUGAUGCAUUCAUUCAACUGACUUCAAGUUAUGGGGUGCCCAACUUAAGACACAUUGUGGGUCUGAUUUUCCAGGAUAGAGAAUCUACCACUCCUCUUAUCUUCACUUGUUUUUAGGAUGGCUUAGGGAUUCCAAAAGUAAACCUAGACUGUGUCACACUUGGGCAACCCAAAUUUAAAGUUUCCCAUAUUUGUAACUACUCUUGGGAAAAUAAUCCAAGGAAAGUUAUUGAAUUUGCCUAUUUAAUCCAGUACUGUUGGGAAUUGGGAAGAGAGGAAAUUAAGACACAAAAGAUCAAAUUCUACUCCCAUCUACAGCCCUGGUCUUCCCAUUAUUUCAUGCCAGAACUGAAUAAUAGAUUUUGAUCCAAAGUAUUGCAAGUUGCAUAUCAGCCAUCAGGCUUUAUACCUAGCACAGGCUUAGUCAAGCGAUUGUCUGCUUAGAACUCCCAUGUGGCCCCGUUGCCUGGCUUUGAGUGAGGCGUUGGACCAGAUGACCGCCUGAGGUUCCUUCAGACCUAAGUCACUCUAUACUUCCUAAAUUGUUUUACUUUCCACUGCCUGUCUGAAUACCCUAUGUGGAUUAAGUCACCUAUUGACUGAGUAGAAACUAAGAAUUCAAGCAAGCACAAACUUUCCCUUUUUGACUGGGAUAUAUCCUAUUAGGCAAUUCUAGCUUCAAGAGUGAUCGCUUUAAUCAGAGUACUUUAUGUAGUUUAGAAGAAAGGAAUACUAGUACUUACUACUAGCAAGCAUCUGGUUACCAGUGCUGGAAUCAUACUUGUUAAUAUUACUGACAGUAGUAGUGGUUCUCACAUUUUAGAACAUCAGACAACACACCCAAAAACUCAGUACAAAUUAAAAGACAAAGUGCACAGAGAAAAUAUGUAAACCACAUCUCUUCAACCUUUUCUCCAUGAUUUCAGUGGAAUGUCUCCAAACUUACAUCAUUAUAACCUGAACUGACAAGCUGAGGAUUAAAUGGUACAAUUUUUUUUUUUUAAUGUACAUUCAGUUAUUUGGAAGUGGGAUGACAAGAAGCUACUGCUGAAAGACUUUUCCCAAAAAUCUGUGUAAGAAGGAUUAACCGUUAGCCAUUCAAGAAGGGGCCCCAGAAGUCUCACUGAGAGAUAGGCUACAGAGAGCAGAUCACCAAAAUCUGUCAGCUGAACUAUAACAUUCUCUCUUUGACAGUUUUUACUAGCAAAAGGAUCAAAACUUUACCCGUCACAUCUCCCUACAUAAUGCAGAAGUCAGUAAUUUCAAUUACUUUCAGUGCAUCUGAUACAAACAAAAUCAGAAUCUGAUCCCAAAUGGUCUGUAGUCAUUAAAUUUUGCUCGUUAACUGCUAUGGGACAUUUCUCCUCUGCAUAUACUGAGCCCAUAAACUGAGUAUGUAAAGGAAGCUUAUGUGAAUGGAUGUAAAUGCUGUUAAUUAGUAGUAUUGAUGUGCUCAUCACAAAGACGACUUGCUAGAAUAAGACAAAAAAUUAUGUUUGUGUUGUUAAAUGAUGGAAAAGCCAAGGGAAAAAGGCUUGUGUAAGCAGCAGAGACAACACUGAGUUGUCACAAAGCACGUGAUGCUGUUUGAGUUGAUGUCCUGUGAAGGACGGCACUAUCUAAUCAUACUGUGUCAAGAUGCACUAGAGACUAUGCCACUGUGCUCCCUUCCUGAACAGCUUGGCUGUUCAUUGUUUUUGUUUAAUUGAAUAACCAAUUUGACUUCACACUAACAUGGUAUUUCAUUCUCUUAUUCAGGGCAGGCUACUGCAACAACAAAAAUCAAUGUUAGAACUUCCACUGAAGUCACUGUUAGCUAUUAUCUUCCAAAAGACCAUUAAAUCACCACAAUGUGGAGCAUAACAUUGUACAGUGAGAUACAGAAAUGCUCGGGUUUGUAACCUCUCAGUGUUUUCUGAUUCAGAAUUUUGUAGGUUUGUUUAAUUUCCUGUUUCCUUCUAGUCCUGGUUUUGUAUACAAUCAGAGGCACAGUAUAUUUCAAAGAAGAGCAGAAAUGACAACUUUUGUACUGCAAUUCUUGAAAGCAGAAGUAUUAUCUUUGCUUUAAAAUUUUUGUCCAGCUUGGUGCAAACCCAGUCCUCAGCAACAUCACAUAGCAGUUUGCAUUGAUAUCGCUGGACUUCUUGCCUUGAAACAGCUGGAUUGAGUUCCUUUGCUUCCAUAUGGAAGGUGGAGCAUUCCUUCUGAAUGCUUCACGUCUGCUAACGUGAGGAGAAGAUGAGAGUACACACUUCAAAUAUGAAAAGCCAAGUUUGCAAUCUUUAUCUUAAUAUGUAAACAAUUGCCAAUGCCAACUGUUUACAGUAAUCAUAGGUACUUCAAAGCAACAAAUCUGGAAUAAGAAUUUCUUUAAGAACUGUGUUCUUAAUGCUACCGGGUUUAAAAGCCUUGGUUUCUGGAAAACGUUUUCAUACAAAAUUAUUAGCAAGACCUAAUGAAAUAUUUUAACUGUUAAAUAUUGGAGAAAUGAUUCACUGUUAACUGCCUUACUGUUUCCAAUACAAAGAUGUUCACUUUGAGCCUUAAGAUUCUAUUUUAUAAUUUUUUUCUUGAUUAAAGUUGAUAUUUUUUAUUUUUUGAUCCAAAGCCAUUCUCAGUGGGGGGAAAAAAGUGUUAAUGUCAGUUUUAAAGUAUAUUUUAAGUGCAUAUGAAAGGAAAAAGCAAAAACCUGCCUGUUCAGUAAUGUAUUUCCCUUUGUCUCACCUAAACUUAAAUAAAUGCUUCAGUUGCAUACAA